AGAAUAGAGCUAACAAGAGAAGAACUUAAAGAGAGAGAAAAUAGAAAGAAAGCAAAGAAAAGAGCAAGAAGAUAGAGAGGUUAAAGAGAAGGAGAAAAAGAAACAAGUGCAAGACAAGAAGAGGAAGAAAGAAGGGAAAGGGAAAAAGAAACAUGAAGAAUUCAAGAGGAAGGAAAGAAAGAAGAAGCAUGGAGAAAUCAAGAGGAAGAAAAGAGAGAUGAAAGAAAAAACGAACCACAAGAUGAUGAAACAAGUGCAAGAGGAGGAGAAGAAGAAAGAAGAGAAAGAGAAGAAGCAUGAAGAAUUCAAGAUAAAGGAAAGAGAGAAGAAAUAAAAAAUUAGCCACAAGAUGAAGAAGAAGAAAAUAUGAUCACAA